AUGGGAAAGAUCACCUUCUACGAGGACCGGGGCUUCCAGGGCCGCUGCUACGAGUGCAGCAGCGACUGCCCCAACCUGCAGCCCUACUUCAGCCGCUGCAACUCCAUCCGGGUGGACAGCGGCUGCUGGAUGCUCUACGAGCGCCCCAACUACCAGGGCCACCAGUACUUCCUGCGGCGCGGCGACUACCCCGACUACCAGCAGUGGAUGGGCCUCAGCGACUCCAUCCGCUCCUGCCGCCUCGUCCCCACAGUGAGUCACUCCGGCACCUACAGAAUGAGAAUCUAUGAGAGAGAUGACUUCAGAGGACAAAUGUCAGAGGUCACAGACGAUUGUCUCUCUCUUCAGGACCGCUUCCACCUCAAUGAGAUCCACUCCCUCAAUGUGCUGGAGGGCUCCUGGGUCCUUUACGAGCUGCCCAACUACAGGGGAAGGCAGUACCUCCUGAGGCCAGGGGAGUACAGGAGAUAUCUUGACUGGGGGGCGAUGAAUGCCAAAGCUGGUUCUCUAAGACGGGUGACAGAUUUUUACUAA